UUGUCCUUGUCCGUUUUUCAAUAGAUGUUUCGAUGUCUAUAUUCAUAGCGGGUGGAAUAUAUCUAUUGUUACCGAGUCCAGGCAACCCCCGACCGAGAGCCAGCGCUAAAACUAUAAAAACGAUCCCUUGCUGCGCCUUUGCCUCUUUUUUGUGCGUGGCGUUCGUGUGUGCGGUUCUUGUUGAAACAUGUUUGGGACUUGUGUAAUUUUAACAGUUUUCGUUAAUAGUAAAUUGAAAUCAUUUUGUUAGAAGUUUUGUUAAUUCAGUGAAAUAUAAUUAGGCCAGUUCUGUGUUAUUUAUUUAUUUUUGUUAACUACCUCACUUCUGGUCGAUAAUAUCAGAAUUGGGAUAAAACCACGUGCUUUUGAAAGAUGACAGGACGUCGAUCUAGAAAAUAUAAGCGUGAUCAUUCUCAUCGACGCUGUCAUGACCGCUUGAAUUCUCGAUUUAGAAGUUUGUUGCAUUAAUCAUCGUCGCGAUCGUGCUGUGUGUAGGAAGAGCAAGACACCUACGCCGCGGGAUGUCUCCUGGCGUAGUUCCGUGGAACCGUUCUUUGGAACAUAAUUAUACUUGUGAGAUGCAGCAACGGUUUCCGUCGAAGGGGGUGACGCAUGUGCACCUGAGCAUCCUGGAACAGCGUCAUGCAAAUCGGCGGGUGAGGCGUUGUCGCCGAUGUGUAAGGUUAGUAGCGAGUCGGCGCCGUGCUCCAGCAGGAGAGCGCAGAGCCGUGCAGCCUGCACGUGCUGCUCGCGUGCCGAUGCCUGUGCGCGUUCGUCUACUUCCGGCGUGCAGACUGCGCGCACUGCUGGCGUGCCGCUGCCUACUUCUAGCGUGCAUACUGCACGUACUGGACGCGUGCCGCUGCCUGCGCGCGCUCACCUACUUCUGGCGUGCAUACUGCACGUGCUGCUCGUGUGCCGUUGUCUGCGCGCGCUCAUCUACUUCUGGCGUGCAUACUGCACGUGUUGCUCGCGUACCGCUGCCUGCGCGCGUUCAGCUACUUCUGGCGUGCAUACUGCACGUGUUGCUCGCGUGCUGCUGCUUGUGCGCACUCACGUACUUCAGACGUGCAUACUGCGCGUACUGCUCGCGUGCCGCUACCUGCGCGCGCUCGCCUGCUUCAGACGUGAAUACUGCGCGUACUGCUCGCGUGCCGCUGCCUGUGCGCGCUCGCCUACUUCUGGCGUGCAUACUGCGCGUACUGCUCGCGUGCCGCUACCUGCGCGCGCUCGCCUGCUUCAGACGUGCAUACUGCGCGUACUGCUCGCGUGCCGCUGCCUGUGCGCGCUCGCCUACUUCUGGCGUGCAGACUGCGCGCACUGCUCGCGUGCCGCUACCUGCGCGCGCUCGUCUUCUUCUGGCGUGCAUACUGCACGUGUUGAUUGCGUGCCGCUGUCUGCGUGCGCUCAUCUACAUACUGCACGUGUUGCUCGCAUGCCGCUGCCUGCGCGCGCUCAUCUACUUCUCGCGUGCAUACUGCACGUGUUGCUCGCGUGCCGCUGCCUGCGCGCGCUCAUCUACUUAUGGCGUGCAUACUCCACGUGUUGCUCGAGGGCCGCCGACUUCACGGUGCCGUACGACUGGCAGUGACGCAGAGGGCGAUGUCGCUUGGUCUGUGGCCUGCUGCUUCACUCGUUGGGGACUACCCAACGGCUGGUUGAUGCCUUUGGUCCACCAAGCCCUACGCAGGGAGUCAGGAAUAGUUCGUUUGCAGUCUUGCUGAGCUACUUAUGCGCUCCACCUGCAUUUUCAGGAUUAUCUAUCAGGACGGUCGAGCGGGACGCCCACCACACGUGGUGCAGCCUCACAUCGUGGGGGCAGACUGGAGCUGGGAUGGCUGCCCUGCCGGACAUUCGGGAGGCGCGGCCCUAACAAGAUCUUUCACACGCUUCCGCAUCAUCGUUACGAGUGGACCCCGGUGACAUGCAGCCUUUUCUUUGAAACUAAUAUGUGAAGGUCGAGGUGGGCACUUCGAUGCUUUACUUCCUAUUUCUGAGGUUGAGGUGGGCACUUCGGUGCUUUACUUCCCAUUUUUGAGGUUGAGGUGGGCACUUCGGUGCUUUACUUCCCAUUUUUGAGGUUGAGGUGGGCACGACGGUGCUUUACUUUCCGUCUAUUUUUUUGAGCAGUAUGGUAGAUGCGGAUUCGGCCGGAUCUUGCGUCCCUACUGUUUAGCUGUGUUGUGUCGGUAAUGUUCAGUAUCUGUAUCGGUGAAUAUUGCCGACAACAACGCGCUACUGUUUUAGACGUUUCCUGUACGGGCUAACACAGUAAAGGAAUCGUGCAGGUGUCUCAAAUUGCGCAGUUUGGGACAGUUGUGCGAUAUCCAUUCUUCUCACUUCAAAUGUUUAUCUUUGGCUCGUCCUCGCUGCAGAUGUAAGAGUGCACGCUUGCGUCUGUAGUAGGGAUUCUAAAUUUUAGAAAGUUUUAGAGUAUUAUGGUCUGGGUGUAUUUUUUUUGUGUUACAGAGGGUGAACUUGUUGAUGCAGGCUCUGACGUAGCUGGAAGAGAUAUGCUUCUGCUGAGAGAUGAAGCGGUCGAGGACGCCUUGCCAUCAGGAACGGCCGUGUUACCGAGUCCAGGCAACCCCCGACCGAGAGCCAGCGCUAAAACUAUAAAAACGAUCCCUUGCUCCGCCUUUGCCUCUUUUUUGUGCGUGGCGUUCGUGUGUGCGGUUCUUGUUGAAACAUGUUUGGGACUUGUGUAAUUUUAACAGUUUUCGUUCAUAGUAAAUUGAAAUCAUUUUGUUAGAAGUUUUGUUAAUUCAGUGAAAUAUAAUUAGGCCAGUUCUGUGUUA